GAACAACUCAAAUUGCCUUUUGCUAAUUCCUUUUAACCUCUAUAGAAUAUUGUUUCAAGUAUACUCGGCAUGGCUGAAGGCGAUGCUCAGACUAUGCGUCCCAGGGGGGCCCAGCCAAUAUCAGUUCAAGAGGAUAAUGAUGCCCAGAACGACGAGAUUGAUUAUCCCGACGGUGGAAUCAAGGCCUGGAUGGUUGUUGUAGGCGCUUGGUGCGCCAUGGUCCCUCCCAUGGGCUUGCUCAAUACCUUGGCUGUUCUCCAGGCCUGGAUCUCUGAGAAUGAACUAGAGGGUAUCUCUGAGAGUAAAUCAGGAUGGAUAUUUAGCUGCUACGCUUUCUUCAUCACGGCUUGUGGCGCCCAAGUUGGCCCUGUCUUUGAUGCAUACGACAUUAAACUACUACUUCUCCCGGGAUCCAUUGGUGUUAUUGCGUCUUUGAUCUUCAUGAGCCUAUCCACCGAGUUCUACCAUUUCCUCCUCUCCUUCGGCGUCCUUGGAGGCAUAUCUUCAUCCCUACUAUUCAACCCCAGCCUGUCAGCUAUCGGGCAUUGGUUUUGUAAGCGCCGAGCUUUCGCAACUGGCUUGGCCUGCAGCGCUGGCGGUAUUGGAGGCAUCAUCUUCUCAAUCAUCAUUCUCUAUCUGACACCUCGCAUUGGCUUCCCUUGGGCUAUACGCGUAGUAGCAUUUCUGUCACUUGGCCUCCUUAUUGUUGCCAACGUAUUCCUCCGGAAGCACAUACCUCAUAACAAAAAGGCCAAAGCGUAUAUCGACUUUGGUCUUUUCAGGGACGUCAACUUUUCAGUCACAGUAGCGGCCAUCUUCCUUGUUGAAUUUGCCGUCUUUAUCCCUUAUACCUAUCUGUGCUCAUAUGCACUCUCAUACGGGUUCAGCUCACGCGAGGCAUACUUACUCAAUGUCCUCUUAAACGCCGGGGCCAUCCCUGGCCGAGUUCUUCCCGGUUACAUCGCCGAUCGUUUUGGAGCUUUCAACACAAUGAUUGUCACAGCCCUGUCCUGUGGGGCUUUUAUCCUGGGUCUAUGGUUAAUAGCAGACGGCGAUCAUGCUCGAGUCAUGGCCUUCUCAGUACUCUUUGGCUUCUGGUCAGGGGCAGCCAUUAGCCUGUCACCAGUUUGUGUGUCUCGAGUAUGCAGGAUCGAGGACUACGGAAAGUCGAAUGGGAUGGCAUAUUUUGUCGCAAGUUUCGGGGCCUUGGUGGGCAUUCCCAUUGCUGGCGCUUUGCUGGAUGGAGGCGGAGAUGGCUAUCGAAACUUGAUCAUCUUUGCAGGCGGGUUUUACAUGGUCGCCAGCAUUACAUUCUGUAUCGCUCGAGGGGUAGCAGGAGGAUGGAAGCCGGCACUGUUCUAGACAAAAUAGGUUUGAAAUGACACAUGGGGGGCUCUCCUAA